GAGAACCUGGGCCGGGCGCCACGUGCCGACCUUCAAAACUGCAGUGGCUCGGGGGACCCGCCCUCUGCUCUUGAGGUGGAGCUGGCGGAUCCCGCAGGGGGUGACGCCCGAGUUAUCCCAGGCAGCGGUCGGCGACGGCGCCCUCGGCGUCCCAAGAGGACCAUCCACAUCGACUGUGAGCAGCGCAUCACCAGCUGCAAAGGCGCGCAGGCAGACGUUGUGCUGUUCUUCAUCCACGGUGUGGGCGGCUCGCUCGCCAUCUGGAAGGAGCAGCUGGACUUCUUUGUGCGACUUGGCUAUGAGGUGGUGGCACCUGACCUGGCGGGCCAUGGAGCCAGCUCUGCGCCGCAGGUGGCAGCUGCCUACACCUUUUACGCGCUUGCAGAGGACAUGCGGGCCAUCUUCACGCGCUAUGCCAAGAAGCGCAAUGUGCUGAUCGGACACUCUUAUGGGUAAGACCCAGGGUGGGCUGCUCACAUAACACUCCCUGCCUUCUGGGGGUAGGUGGAGAAAGGGUUGCAUGUAGUCAAGGGUACCCUUAAAAUCAUUAUGUAGCUGAGGUUGACCCUGAACACCUGAUCCUCCUGCCUCAACAUCCCAAGGAUUAGAAUGAAAGGCUUCUAUGCCAUCCCACCCAACUUCCCUCCUUGUAAAAUGGAUUGGGUUGGGGUUGUGGCUCAGUGGUAGAGCCCACACCUAGAAUCUCUCAGAGAGGAGGUGAAGGCGUGGCUCAGGGGUGGAGCCCCUGCCUAGGAUCCCCCAGUGAGGCGCUGGGGGCGUGGCUCAGGGGUGGAACCCCUGCCUAGGAUUCCAGUGAGGAGCUGGGGAUAGCCUGACACUAGAGCUCCGACCACACAACUAGUGUUUGUUAUUAGUUUCUGACAGUGGGUCGGGUGUGGAGGCAGAUGUGUGUCGUCUCCUUACUCAGGAAGCUGAUGCUGGAAAUUUCAGGUCAGCCUGGGCUGCAAAGUUAUUUCCAACCCAAGGCUACAUCUACGUGGCAAAAAUGUGUGUUAAAGGCGGGUUUCAUGGUGCAUGCUUUUAAUCUUAUCACUCAGGAGGCAGAAGCAGAGGCAGGCGGAUCUCUUUGAAUUCGAGGCCAGCCUGGUUUACAGAGCAAGGAUCAUCCAGAUAAACCCUGUCUUGAAAAAUGGAGAGAGAGAGACAGAGACAGAGACAGAGAGACAGAGACAGAAGAGGUUGGGCAUUAUAUUUGCCCUUGUCACCCCAGAACUUUUUGUUUUUCCUCGAGACAGGGUUUCUCUGUGGCUUUGGAGGCUGUC